CCCCGAGUGAGAAACGCGUAUAAAAUUACGGGAACUGCUUCACAAUUUCAGUGAAGAAGCUUGAAAAAGUGAAGAAUGAAUGCGCACCUUUUCUGUAGCUUGCUAGAGCAGGUUCAAGUUAAUAUCUAUAUAUUGUCAAAGAUCGGAACGUCAGGCCAUUUCAAAAUAUUUACCCAUUAAUGUGCACUCAUAAGUACUUUGAAAUAAAAGUGAGGCUUAAAAGCCAAGAUUAAUGGAAGCUGUGACAUUGGACUGACUCCCAACAUCACUUUCGGAGUUGAACAAAAUAAAAUAUGCGCACAGAAUGCUAAUUGUUUCCCUGAAAGCUUUCAAGAAAAGUUGACCUUGGGAGUUUUUCUUCAAACUUCUUUGAUGAACCCAAAAAUGUUUUACUUGAACAUUACAACUCAUGCAUAAGCAUUAAGCUUUUCCCAAAUUCUUUUCUGUGUUGUUUCAACACCAUCACCGAGUUGCUCCCCCAAAUCCUUUCCGGUGGAACACAUUACACAUAAUCAAUUGUUUUGUAUCACAUAAAACCCUAAUAAUAAUAAUACCCUUUUAUAUGUGUAUACUGUAUACCGUAAUUGAUUUGUACACACACUUUCAACCCUGAUGCGGCUAAUUUGUGCAUAUUUUUUUUCUAACGGCCGCAAGGGGGCGCUCGAGCCGAAAAUGUAAGAGUGAGACCGGGGGAAUAUGUGUGCUGAAGAAGUGACUUUGACCGGUCUGGCUCUGUUAGCGCUGCGUUAGCGUGUUACUGCCGUGUCUCAGUUAUUUUUACCGGUAUGUUUUCCUUUAUUAACCGGCCCUGUUAGCGCAGCGCUAGUAUUAGCGUUAGCACGGUGCUAGCGUCAGCGCGGUGUUAGCGUGGCAGCGCUACCAUUAGCGUUAGCGCAGCGCUAGUGUCGGUGCUGCGUUUGCGUUAGCGUGGUGGCACUAGCAUUAGCGUUAUUGCUGUGCUAGCGUGUUCCUGCCAUGUCUCAGUUAUUUUUACAGGUAUUUUUUUAACCGGCCCUGUUAGCGCUCUCGCUAGCUUUAGUGCUGUGCUAGCGUGUUCCUGCCAUGUUUCAGUGAUUUUUAGCUCUAGUUUUUUUUAACCGUCCCUGUUAGCGCAGCGCUAGCAUUAGCGUUAGCAUGGCGGCGCUAGCGUUAGCGCGGCAGCCCUAGCGUUAAACUCUCUGUGUACUGAUUUUCUUUGUAAAUAUCUCGUCUUUCAAUGUGGGAACUUGUAGCUUUUACACAGCUGCGGCUUACAUAUGUACCAAAUGGUAUUUCCUUUACAAAUGUACUGGGUGAGGCUUCUAAACGGUGCGCUCUGUAGGCUGGGGAUUACAGUAUACAUAAUUAUCAUUAUUAUUAGGCACUUCUACCCUUUUAAUUGACCCUUGCAACUCCUGUUGAAAUAAUACGACCGAUUGGAACUAUACAGGUGGAUUUUUUAUUUUAUUUUUCAUAGAAUUAUUCUGUUUCAACUUAGUGGAUUGAGGAGGUGUGCUUAUAGUUAUGGCCAGUGGACGUACAAUGGUGAACAGGACUAAGCCGGUUUUAAGGUGUGGCACGGGAAAAAACACGAAGGCAAAUUACAAAACAAAAGAAAACGACAUUCGUCCGCUCGAUGGUGCCGGCGCCAGAUCUUUGAAUGGCCGCCUUUGAUUUGACGUAUUCAAUGCGCUAAGGCGGUCUCGGAGCGUAUUCACCGGACCGUCACCUGUCACGCACACCGGUUCCAAGCUGACUCGCCAACUCGUGAAGCUCUCGAGCAACACGAGCCCGGUUUUGUGUUCUUGGCAGACGUGCCAAGAACAGCUGCCGUUUGUGUGCGAGAGAUUUUCUCGAGUCUAGCGCUAUUUAGGUCUUUUCUCCCGAGUUGGGAUUGUUAGAGUUUUCAAAUCUGCGGCUAAAAGCUCCUCCCGUUUCUGAAAUGUAACUUUUGCUUUUUUUGCAUGUAGCAAACGCAUUCACAUCUCCAGAGUGUCUACAUUUUUCUUUUUCUUUUUUUUUUUUUGUUGUUGUUGCAAUGAGGAGGAACGCCAAUGAGAUUUAACAGUCCCAGGUGUGAGCGCCGUGACACUGCGUAUGACCUCACCGCACUGGCACGGUUCCGCUUCCUUGUAAUGGAGACAUAUGACCUGACAAGAUCGGUUUUUCCCCACUCCAACCGCCUGGUUGUGCGGAGAUAACAGCGAGAGAAAUUCAACGCAACCCGGGGACCUUUCCCUCUCGCGUCGGAGGCGAAACGUCGACAGCCCGGAGCGCACUUUGCGCUGCGCAAUUGUUCCUCCGAGGACCUGUUUCCGCACCGUUUGACCUCCGCUAAAGAAAAAAAAAAUUGAAAAAAAUACAAAUAAAACAUUGGCAGAGGAUCCGAGAUAUUUUUUUUUUUUUUUUUUUUACAAAGCUCGUCAAGUGUGGGAUUUAAAUUGCAACGGGUCGUGGAGGAGGAAGAAGAAGAAGAAGAAAAGAGGAUAAACUUGCGCUGUUGGAUUUGAGCAAAACAUAAAAAAUAAAAAUGAAACAUUUCUAAUUGGGAGCACGCAGCUGGCUCGCUCGAUGUUUUCCGCACGCAUGGAGGUCUAGUCUGCACUACGGAGCAAUUUAUGGUUGGCCGCAGAACUCCCCCGGCUGUCGUACUGUGCCCACCUCGCCAUGCUGGCCUGUCUGCAGAGGAGGCAGAACCCUCCACCCCAGCACCCGGUGUGUGCCAGCAAGAACCUGGAGCCACCGCAAGCCCUGGGACGCAAAUGCGACCUGGUGGUGCCUACACAUUCCCCUCGCUACCCGACCGUGGCAGAACUUGACGCCUACGCUCAGAAGACGGCCAACAGCCCGCUGUCCAUCAAGAUCUUCCCCACCAACAUCAGGGUUCCCCAGCACAAGCACCUUAACCGGACCGUGAAUGGAUACGACACCACCGGCCAACGCUACAGUCCCUAUCCACACUUUCACACCGGGGGGUACCACGGCCUGCUCGCCAUUGUCAAGUCCUCUUCCUCGCCGUCGUCGUCAUCCGCCUCCACCUUCGUCUCAGCAAAAGGUGUCCUCAAGAACUCCGAAGGCAGACGGACUAAGCUCUCUCCGGCCCACAUCGCCGUGGCCCCGUACCCGCCUACUAGUAGCACUUUAGUCACCGGCCCGAGCCAGAUGGGAUAUCAGACGGGGCCCGCGAAGCCUCCAGAGGGGGCCGGGUUGUCGGUACCCCCCAAUGUCACCGUAGCCGGCUCGGUGAUUCCUGUAACGGGGGGGCGCGGCCUGCCCCUCCCCGCGCAGUCCAACCUCCCCUCCAUCCAGAGCAUCAUUUACCAGAUCAACCAGCAUUGCCAGGCCCAGGCCCUGCAGCAGGUUUGUCAGGGGGCCCCACCCUCCAAUUCCAGCCCCUCCAAGCAGGGCGCUACUGUCAUGGGGGUCUCCUCGAGCUCCUCGGGCGGAGGUUACGUGGUGGGGAUCGCUCCGCAGGCCAACAUGGUCUACACGGGUCAAGGGCUGCCGGCUCAAAACGCCGAGGCGGCGAAGAACGGGGUUUACGCCGCGGACGGCGUGGAUUACAUCCUGUGGCAGAAGCAGCAGCAGCACCAGCAGCAGCAGCAGCAGCAGCAACAGGCAGUGCUGCGAAUGUACAGCGGGGGCAGCGGAGGGGGAGGGGCCGUCAGCAAGUCCCCCGAAAGCUGCGUGCCGGUCGGCGGAAUCUUAGCGGGGCAGGUCUCUUCCUCCUCGUCCAGACCGUACCACCUGACGGCGAGCGCCAGCGGCGGAGGCGGCCUGGACAAAGUCAGCUCCUCCCCGUUGAACUGCAUGGGCAUGCACGGGAAUUUCUCGGUGGGUCAGUACUUUGCCCCCCCGUGGAACAGUGUCCUGGUGACACCCGACAGUGACUGCUACAACCCUCAGGAGCUUCUGGUCUCCUCCGCCGGCGGCUCGGCCACGGGCCACAGAGAAGUGGCCUACCCGCACCACCCCUACCACCACCACCACCACCACCCCCACCACCACCAUCACCACCACCACCAUGCCAUCGACAGCGGGGGCCGCCUGUGUUGCAGCCUGCCCAGCAAGACCUUGUGCAACACGUCGGUGUUGAGCAGCAGCCUGCAGUCUCUGGAAUACCUGAUCAACGACAUCCACCCGCCGUGCAUCAAGGAGCAGAUGCUCGGCAAAGGCUACGAGACCGUGUCGGUGCCGCGUCUGUUGGACCACCAGCACGCGCACAUCCGCCUGCCCGUUUACAGAUAAGAGGCCCGGGCGAAAUCGCAAGAAUCGCCUCGUGAAUUUGUAAAGAGCGAAAGGACAAGACGCCGCUUUUGCGCGGAGGGUGGGAGGGGGGGGGGGGCGAUUGGCUUUAACAGGUGCGCGGGGAGAGCCGCCGCCGCCGCCACCGUCGUCGUUCGUGUCGUGUCGUGUGAGCCCACCCGCGGCGCUUUCAAGCUAGGCUACGAGAAUCCCAAAUGAGAAAAGGCGGUAGCGGAUGAUCCGUCGUGCGCUUCGCCGCUAGGAGAUUUUGCAUUGGUUUCUUUCUACUUCCUGUUUAAUUUUAUGUCGCUUACGUUUGACUUUUCUCGCUUCUUUUUUUUUUAGUUUUUGUUUUUUCUUUCCGACGGAGUCACAUAGCCUGAGAUGAAGCGCUUACGCCACGUGUGUGUGUGUGUGUCCCCCCCCCCCUCCGCUUCGAAUACGAAGACUGAAGCUACUGUGUAGGUUGUCACUGAAAUCAACGGUCUUCGCCGGACCAAAGUUUAGGGCUGCUCGCAACAUCCAAAAACCCCACACGCCAGACGGAUGAAGACCGACUCGGUCGAGCUAUAGCCGGGACUGUUCUGUACAAGAAUCGUCGGAUCGGAUUAGGAAAGGAUAGUACAUUAUUAUUGAUUAUUGCUGUUAUAACUGAUACAUAAAUUGCACUGCUUGAAUCUUGUUAACUUUGAAGUUUGGAAUUGGGUAGUUUGGAUAUGAUAUAUUUAAGAAAACUUGGAAAACUUGAACCUAUUUUAUGUUGUUUUAUAUAUUUGUAGGUAUAUUAUAUGCAUUGGCUGCUACGGGGAAAAAGUGUCUCUGAUGCUUAUGCUGUUUAUUUCCACUUGCUUUUUAUGAUUGAAAUAUUCCUUUUCAAGCAAAAUGUGCAGUUUUUUUUUUUAUGUUCGGAUUGGAGGCAUCGUCACUGCUUUGGUUCUGUGAGAACCCGCUUUGUGAGAGUUUGUUUUCCUAACCAACACUGGAAACUACAGGGUGGGUGAAACGUGACUCGAAAAAUGAUAACGUUCAAAGUUAUUGAAUCAAAUGAUUCUUAUUCUUUAUGGGAAGCCAAAAUGAAAGUCAAUCUUCAUAUUUUUUUACAUUCAUCAGCCGUCAACGACAUCAAAUCAACCAACACCCGAGUAAGUGGCCGUCUGAAAAAUAAAUCUGAUAUAAAACAAUGGGAAAGUACAAAAAUAAAAUGAUGACAAAGCCUCAUUGUUAAAAAAAAAGAAAAAUGAUUUCAGAGAAUAGUAAAAAUUUAAAAUGCCACGUUAACACUUUUCAGCCACCCUGUACAAUUACGAAGGAGUAUUAGGCGCACACAGAAAAGAAAAUAAUUUAUACUAUGACGAUAAAAGCGUAACGUUGUGAGAGUUAAGUUGUAAUAUUAUGACAAUAAAUCAGAAUAUUACGAUGAUGAACUUUUUUUUAAAUGAUCAACAAAGUUAGCAAAUAUUUACUGCUAUGACAGUUGAGAGAGCGACGGUUUUCCGUUACCGUAAUUUACGGCCUACAGGGCGCACCGGAUUAUAAAUCUCACCCAGUACAUUUGUAAAGUAAAUACCAUUUGGUACAUACAUAAGGCACACCUGUGCAAAAGUGCUCACAUUGGAGUUGGUUAAAAAAAAAAAACAGCCACGGCAGCUACACAUUAGCAACACGCUAGCACAACACUAACAUGGCCGGUUAAAAUAUUUUUUAACCUAAAUCACUGCGGUGUGGUAGUAACACAGCAGCAACAUGCUAGCGCGUGGCGCUAAUGCUAACACGCUGCUAAAAAAAAAAAAAAAAACAUACCGGAUAAAAUCACUGAGACACAG